AUGAAUCAUGUUUUGCGUGCAUUCCUUGGAAAAUUUGUGGUUGUAUAUUUUGAUGACAUUCUGAUUUAUAGAAAAAUCUUGAAUGAGCAUGUUGAGCAUUUAAAACUUGUUUUGAAUAUUUUGAGGAAAGAGAAGUUGUUUGCUAAUAUAAAAAAAUGUUCUUUUUGUACUAACACGCUUGUGUUCCGUGGUUUUGCUGUUAGUUCUAAAGGGAUAGAGGUGAAUGAAAAAAAGGUAAAGGAAAUUCAAGAUUGGCCUAGCCCUACUUGUGUGAGUGAAGUUCGAAGUUUUCAUGGGCUGACUAGUUUUCGUAGACGGUUUGUGAAGAACUUUAGUAGCCUAGCAGCACCAUUAACUGAGGUUAUUAAGAAAGUAUUUUUUGAACCAGGAGAUUGGGUUUGGUUACAUAUGAGAAAGGAAAUAUUUCCAGCCCAAAGACGAUCCAAACUGCUUCCAAGGGGUGAUGGACCAUUUCAAGUGAUUGAGAGGAUAAAUGAUAACGCCUACAAGCUUCACCUUCCAGGUGCAGAUUUAAGGACAAAUCCUUUUGAAGAGGGAGGUAAUGAUAUGAAUAAGGAGACAACACCUAGUGAUCCAUUGCAAUUGCCAAAUGGGCCAAUAACAAGAUCAAGGGCCAAGAAAUCUAUUUUGGCUGCUUUAGUUAGGCCCCAAAGUGGUCGUGGGGCAAUAGGUGGACAGUCUGAUCCUGUGGCGGAUACUCUGGCAGCUGUGCAAAGGGAGUUAACUGCUAGUCAUCAAGCUAAUGAGAACUUGAUGAAGACUAAUGAAGAUGCAUGGAAUGCUAUGACUGUGGUGAUGAAUGAGUUGAUGUAA